AUGCUUCCCAAACCCCGGUUUGACUCAAUCAACGCCAACACCAAUAGUGUCGGCCAGUCGUCUCACACGUGCGUUAAUUAUAAUCAAAGUUAUGGAGAAAAUAAUCGGCGAAAUGCUGACCACAAUCACAAGAGAUCCAAGAGUUACGGCAAUACCAGUGAUCACACAAGUGGUAAGACUAAUGACACGAAGAAGACAUUGAAUUGUGACGCAUGUUGUCGAUGGUUCACAUCCCAAGACCUAUACGAUCAGCACAUGAGUGAACACAUUAUGUGUGGUUUGGAUGAGUGCACAUUCAGAGCUCAUCCCAAAGUGAUUGAAUCACACCAACGGAUGCAACACUUGUGCUUCAGAGACAAGACAUUAGUGAAGAAGUUUAUGUCAUUGGAGUCGGAGGAAGACAUCCAGAAGUGGAGGGAAGAGCGGAGAAGACAUUUCCCCACAAAAGACAACAUUAAGCAGAAGGAAGAGCUGAAAGAGAGACAGAGAUUAGAAGACAUGGAGACGAGGAAGCAAUUGGCGAAAGAAAGGGAAAGCGAGAGACAGAGGACUGAGGAGAGAGUGGACCAUAAGAGUGACCACUGUUUGGACAAAAAUUCGAAAUUCAAUAAAAACAAUAGAAAUACAAAACAAAUGAAAGCAAAGCAAAGACUGCAACCACUGGUCAAUAAUAAUCGCAAAUUAACUCUCUUUCAAAAAAAUGGCGAUAAUGAAGAGAAGAUCACCGAAUCAAUUGAUGGCAAUGAAUAG